AUGGGCUCCCCAGGGGCCUCAGCAGGCUGGGGGCUUCUGGAUUACAAGACGGAGAAGUAUGUGAUGACCAGGAACUGGCGGGUGGGCAUCCUGCAGAGGAUGCUACAGCUCGGGGUCGUGGCCUAUGUCGUGGGGUGGGCCCUUCUCACCAAUAAAGGCUACCAGGAGCGGGACCUGGAUCCCCAGAUUUCCAUCAUCACCAAACUCAAAGGGGUUUCUGUGACUCAGAUCAAGGAGCUUGGGAACCGGCUGUGGGAUGUGGCUGACUUCGUGAAGCCACCGCAGGGAGAGAACGUGUUCUUCUUGGUGACCAAUUUCCUUGUGACGCCAGCCCAAGUUCAGGGCAGAUGCCCAGAGCACCCCUCUGUCCCACUGGCUAACUGCUGGGAAGACGAGGACUGCCCUGAAGGGGAGGCAGGGACGCACAGCCAUGGCAUAAAAACCGGCCAGUGUGUGGUGUUCAACGAGACCCACAGGACCUGUGAGAUCCAGGGCUGGUGCCCCGUGGAGAGCGGCGCUGUGCCCACGAGGCCUCUGCUGGUUCAGGCCGAGAACUUCACGCUGUUCAUCAAAAACACUGUCACCUUCAGCAAGUUCAACUUCUCCAAGUCCAAUGCCUUGGAGACGUGGGAUGCCACCUAUUUCAAGGGCUGCCACCAUGAUCCACGCUCCAGCCCGUACUGCCCUGUGUUUCGCAUCGGGGCCAUUGUGGCUGAGGCAGGAGGGGACUUUAAGGACCUGGCAUUGCUG